GUCCAUUAGUGAAGGUCAGAAGGUAUUUAAGCAUCCUUAAAUCCUGCACCUGAACCCCUGAAUGUCUGUUGGCCAGCUCAGGUCCUCUCCACUGACAAACAUGGGGUUGUUUGUUGUAAUCUUUUCAGCUCUUCUGCUGAGUGGGUUUUGCAGAGGAGGACCAGCCACUCUAACACCAGAGUCAGGCACCUGCUGGGUCAUGGGCAAUCUCCACUACACCUUUGAUGGCCAUUAUUACACAUUCAUGGGCAACUGCACCUACACCAUGGCCAAGAACUGCCAUGUUGGUGGGACCCUCCCGGCCUUUGAGGUGGAGACCAACAACGUGGGCAACAUACAGGUCCCAUCAGUGGGGACAGUCACUGUCAAUGUUUACGGGAUCAACAUUGAUAUAGUUCGCUCUGAGUUCGGUAUUGUGCGGGUGAACUAUCAACAAUGGACUCUCCCAAUCAACUUGAACAAUGGCCAGGUGAAGCUUUCCCAGAAAGGUGUGUUUGUCGUCAUGGAGACAGAUUUUGGCCUGAGCGUGCAGUACGACUGGAACGAGUACCUUGCAGUCACAGUGCCUGGCAGUUUUGCUGGCAGUGUGUGCGGCUUGUGUGGCAACUUCAACAGCAAAAAGGAAGAUGAUCUCACGACUCCCAGCGGUUCAGUGGCCAGCAGUGUGGCAGCGCUGGGAGAGAGCUGGAAGGCUGCCGGCGCCGCAGACGAAGCCUACUGCCACGAUGAAUGCGUUGGCCACUGUGAAAACUGUCCUCUCAGUGAAGUUCAGAAAUUAGAAAAACAAAUCUUUUGUAGUGCCCUUUUACAAGAUAUUGUUGAACUCGUAGGUUGUCAACCUGAAAUAGACUCCAGCGUCUUUCAAAGCAACUGCAUGCUUGACCUCUGUAGGGGUGAAGCUGUGAACACGUAUCUUUGCAACACUCUUCAAGGCUUUGCUGACAUCUGCCAGAGAUCUGGGGUCAAAGUUCCCAACUGGAGGACUUCUACUAAAUGUCCUACACCCAAGUGCCCAGAAAACAGCCACUAUGAGUUCUGUGGGAGUGGCUGUCCUGCUACAUGUGCAAACCCAAACACUCCCACAAAAUGCAACGCCCCCUGCGUGGAGUCAUGUGUCUGCAAUGACGGCUUCAUGCUCAGUGGCACCAAGUGUGUCCCCAAGGCUCAGUGUGGCUGCAUGUACGAGGGUCACUAUGUGGAAGCCGGAGCUUCCCUCUGGGGUGGUGAGGGCUGCACCAAACGCUACACAUGCUCCGCUGGUGGAAGUUUGUCUUCCAAGCAGACUAGCUGUCCCGCUGGGCAGCAGUGCCAGGUGGUGCAGGGGAUCAGAGGUUGCUAUCCUGUCAACUACGCCACGUGUAUGGUAUCUGGCGAUCCACAUUUUGUGACCUUUGAUGGGCAGCGCUACAAUUUCCAGGGCACAUGCGCAUAUCAGAUGGCUGCGGUCUCCUCCAAUAAAACUGGCCUGGAACAUUUCAGUGUUGUGUUGCAGAACAAUGGCCAAGAUAAGAAGAUCGGGUCCGUUGUCAAGCUUCUAGAAGUCAAAGUGUAUGGGCACACAAUUGCCAUCAGCAAAGAGCACCCAGGCGCUGUUGUGGUCAAUGGUGAGCUCUCCGACCUCCCUUUGAUGCUGGACAGCAAUAAACUCCAUCUUUACACGAGCGGCUGGUUUGCAGUGAUCGAGACAGACUUUGGAGUGAAGGUGUACUACGACUGGAGCAGCGUGGCGUUUGUCAUCGUUCCCAGUACGUACACAGGCGUGAUGCAAGGCCUUUGUGGAAAUUACAACCUCAACCCCAAAGACGACAUGCAGAUGAGAAAUGGGAAACAAGCCGCCACUUCUGAGCAGCUCGGCCAAAGCUGGAAAGUCGCCACGAUCCCUGGCUGCGUGGACGGCUGCAGCGGCCCCUGCCCUGGCUGUAACGCCACUCAGAAAGCAACGUACAACAGCAACAGUUACUGUGGCCUCAUCAGCGACUCUGCAGGCCCGUUUCGUGACUGCCACUCCAAGGUCGACCCUGCGGGUUUCCUUGAUGACUGCCUGUAUGAUGUCUGUCUUUACCAGGGCAGCGGGAACAUGCAGUGCAAGACUUUGACUGCCUACACGGCUGCCUGCCAGCUGAAAGGUGCCACAGUUUACUCCUGGAGGUCAGCUCAGUUCUGUGAUGCCCAGUGCCCAUCAAACAGCCAUUAUGAGCUCUGUACAACCGGCUGUUCCAGAUCAUGUCAGACAGACUCUACACUAUCAAACUGUGGAGCUCAGUGCAUGGAAGGAUAUGUUUGUGAUGAGGGUUACCUUCUGAGUGGAGAUGAAUGUGUGCCUGCCACCCAGUGUGGCUGCAUUUCUGAAGGCAAAUACUACCAGCAUGGACAGGUCUUCUACCCUGAUGCCCUUUGUCAGAAGGAAUGCACCUGUAACGGCACAGUGCAGUGUAAGCAGUCCUCUUGUGGUCCAUAUGAGAAGUGUGAGAUAAAGAAUUACGUGCGAUCAUGUCAGCCUUUGGGAAAAGGGGUCUGCUCCAUCUCUGGAGAUCCACAUUACAACACCUUUGACAACACCACCUAUGACUUCCAAGGCACCUGCACCUACAUAGCAGCUAAAGGCUGCCACCUGAGCGGCACACGGCUCACCAACUUCUCUGUGGCAGUGGAGAAUGAGAAGUGGUAUGGUUUGUCUGCCAAUCCCAAGGUCUCAGUGACCAAACUUGUAGCGGUGGAGGUUUAUGGAACAAUCUUGAUCCUUCGCAGGAACGAAGCUAAUAUGGUUUGGAUAAAUGGGGUACUACUUCACCUUCCACAAAUCCUCCACAAUGGUGCAGUGAAGGUUUAUCAGGAGGGGGCAAAUGAUGUCAUUAUGACUGACUUCGGCCUGAGGGUCACAUAUGAUCUGGUGUACCACGUCACUGUCACUGUCCCUGGAAACUACAGGGGCAGAACCUGUGGUCUGUGUGGCAAUUUUAACAAUAACAAAACAGAUGAGUUCCAGCUUCCGGAUGGAAACGUGUCCAAGGACUUCCAGACCUUUGGAGCAGCAUGGAAAGUCCCCGUGCCUGGAGUGAUCUGUGAAGAUGGCUGCAGUGGUGACCUCUGCCCCAAAUGUGGCGAUUCUGAUAAAGCUGCGAUAGAGGCAAAAUGUGCAAUUAUCACAAAUCCCAAUGGUCCCUUUGCUGCUUGUCAUGAUGUAAUUGAUUCCGCCUCCUACUUCAGAGAUUGUGUCUAUGAUGUUUGCCUGACCAAAGAUGAAAGCAUACUGUGUCACAGUAUUGCUGCAUAUAUGUCAGACUGCCAAGACUUUGGUGCAAAGAUUCAGAACUGGAGAAGUCCUUCUUUCUGCCCUUUUACAUGCGGUAUUGGCAGCCAUUAUGAAACCUGUGUACUGCCUUGCACCUCUCCAUGUCCUGGUCUCGUUGACACCGGCACAUGCACCACAGCUUGUGUUGAGGGCUGCGCCUGUAAUAAAGGCUACCACUACAGUGGAACUGGCUGUGUGCCCUUUGACCAGUGCAGCUGUUAUUACAAUGGCCAAACUUACAAGGUUGGAGAGUCCAUUAUAAGUGAUGACUGUCUCAGGAUUCACACCUGCCAGACCUCUGGAGUAGUUCUGUCAAAGAACAUGACUUGUGACCCCAACGAGAGCUGCCUGGUCAAGAACGGCGUGAUGGGCUGCUACAUUCAGCAGUGCUUUUUGAGCGGCAAUGGGACCCUCACUGCAUUUAAUGGUGAAGGUGGUACUAUAACAGUGCCAGGAGCCUAUGAGAUUAUCCAGAACUGCGACCAAUCUCAGACAUCAGACUGGUUCAGGGUGGUGGUGAAGUUGGAGACAUGCACUCCUGGUGUCAACACAAUUACGGCUGCGUACGUGUUCUUCAAUGAAGUGAUGAUCACAGUCGACAAAAAACAUGACGUCUGGAUAAAUGGAAGGGUGAUGACUCAAACCACGUUCUCCCAGAACAAUGUAAAAGUGGUGGUUUCUGACAGUACAGUGAGAAUCAACAGCCCUUCCAGCCUUCAGCUGUACUUUAGUUCAGCUAAUGAACUCACCAUGAGUGUCAGUGACAAAGUAGCUGACAUGGUAUGUGGGGCAUGUGGGAAGCUCAGGCCUGUUGACACAACACUACGAGAUCUGAGAGAGAGACUGCUGGUCUCUCUUCAUGGGCAGAGUACUGUCUUUGCAACACUUAACAUUGGGCAAUGGACAGCUCCUGAUUUCCCCCAGUGUGGUUUGUAAAUUUCAGUCCUGCCAGCUUUUUGUCAACUGCAUUGAGCAACAUCCUUCAGCACUAACCAAACAGACAGCAUCACUGAUUCAUGAAAUUAUAUUAUAUAGAGAAUCCCAUAUCCAUGUAAAUACCAUUCCUUGCUACGUUUCUGAAAAAGAUGUUUGUCUUGUCAAACAUCUGUAAUAAGAGCAGAAACAUAUAUUCUGUACAAUUGUACAAGAUGCAGCUACAAACUUUAUUGAUAUUUUGCUUUGGAAUAAAUACCAACACCACCCAAAAUAACAAUGAUGCAUUUCACUGUGUUCUCAAUAAACAGUAAACAAACAA